CCGAUAAAGAGGUAGCAAAACCGCACACACGCAUUCGUGAUGGAAAAGAACAAUCACGUGACCGUUCGGAACAGGCCGUGUGCGAGCGAUAACCGGUGGUAAACACCGCUUCGAUUCCGGUGUCAAUUCGAAAAAGAAUCAGCCCACUGUCGUCUGUAUCAUUUUCAGGAAUGGAACAAGGUUUAUUCUUUCUAAAAGUCACUUUCAAGCAAUGCCACUGACAAUGCCUGAAUGGAAUCUGAGUUGAACCCCUACGUGAUGGUGGACACGACGACCAGUUAUUUGCCGGACGUCUGGACACUCGAUCAGGACACAGAUGUGACUCUGGACAUUCUUCUGCCCAAUGGCUGCUUCAUGAAUGUCACCGUCCCCCGGGAUGCAGAGCUGCACGAAGUCAAGGAGGAGGUCUGGGAGAUGGCCCAGAGGGUUCCCCUUUUUGGACUUCUUCGGGACAGCGACUCCUAUGUUUUCCAAUGCAUCAACCUGUCCACUGCAGAGCGGGACGAUCUGACGGAAGAGGAUCGCCGUCUGUGCGAAAUACGGCCUUUCCAGGGUGUGCUUAGACUAGUCGAGAGGCAAGGAGACGAAGAGGAGAAAGCGCUUCACUCCAGACUCAAUUUUGUCAUCGGAAUGGGUCAACGGGAGUUCGACGAGCAGAAGGACCCUGAAGUGCACGACUUCCGCAAGCAAAUGCGAAUUUUCUGCGAGAAUGUUUCUUUGGUGUUGGGACCUAGCACCUGGGAACAGCAGGUUCUGAGGCAGUAUCCUGUGUCCAUCGAAUCCAGCCCUGAUUUACCUCAUUACCUGCAAGCAAAGCUGUACGAAGGAAAUUUGGUUCUUGCCAUCAGCGUGGAACAUCAAUCCUCAGAAUCGACCUUCAAGUUCUACGUUCCACCGUCCAUCAAUCCCAAGGACCUGCUGGAUUUGGUGCUCAAGAAAAAAGGUCCAAGCAUUGGCCUCCAGGGCGACCAAUCUCAGAACUUUCUGCUCAAGAUAUGUGGUCUUGAGGAGUAUCUCAUAGGACCCUACCCUAUUUCACAAUAUAAGUAUAUACGAGAGUGCUUAUCUUGCGACAGAAUUCCAGAAUUGAUUUUAGUUUCAUCUGAUAAAGUACAAUUGGAACGAAGUCGACCAGAAAGCAAAUCGGAAGAACGUCAACGAACCAAAUCCACCGCCAGUGAAGCUUCAUCGACACUGAAAAGAAAAAAGCAACUGAGCUCCCUAUCAACGUGGAGCAUUGAGGAACCUUUCACGAUAAUCAUCCACUCCAUACACAAGCUGAAUUAUGACAACAAAACCAAAGUGGCUGUACAGUGUGGCCUAUACUACGCAGAAGAGAGGCUCUGCGGCAAGGUGUACCACACGACCGAGCAGGUCUUGGAAGACGGUCACUGUACGUGGGAGGACACCAUCUCUUUCGAAAUAGAUGUUUGCAACUUGCCCCGGAUGGCCAAACUUUGCCUCGUUGUCUAUGAAGCCAGCAGCGCACAAAAGAACAGCAGGUUCAGGAAAUACCAAGAUAAAUAUGCUUGCCCUAUUGCAUGGGUAAACACGACUGUAUUCGACUAUAAGGGGGCUUUGAAGUCAGUGCCCUUGACCCUUUCUGCCUGGCCCUACCCUCAGGAAGGAGACGAAUAUUCUGGCUGUAUGCUGCGACCCCUGGGUUGGCUGCCUCCGAACCCUUCCAGAGAACCUGCGCUGACAAUCUCCUUUGGCAAAUAUCAUCCGACGGCACAACUGUGCUACCCUGGCAUAGAUGAGAUUCUAGAAUAUGCCAGUAAAGAAUUACCGGAUAGAAAUGGCUCAUUUUCAAGCUGUGGAGAGCCUCAGGCCAGCAAAAGUCAUCUGCAGCAGCUGCAGCAGAUCUGCGAGAAGGAUACACUGUACCAGCUGCACGAGCAGGAGAAGGAAUUGAUGUGGUUCCUAAGGAAGCACUGCUGUGAGCAGCUGCCAAAUUCAUUGCCCAAACUGCUCAAAUGCGUUAAAUGGAACGACAGGACAGAAGUAGCUCAGAUGACGAAGCUUCUUCAGCUGUGGCCUGCUAUGACUCCAUACAAAACUUUAGAGCUUCUGGAUUACGCACAUCCCGACCCUGGAGUACGCAGUUUCGCUGUCCGUUGCCUGCAGGACAUCGGGGAUGAUGAACUUUCCCUCUACCUGCUGCAGCUGGUGCAGGCCCUCAAGCAUGAAGCCUACCUCCAAAACAGCCUCGUCAAGUUCCUGUUGGAAAGAGCCCUCCAAAACAGACACGUUGGACACAGGCUCUUUUGGCUCAUGAGAUCCGAGAUCCAUUUUCCCGAGGUAGCCAUUAAGUUCGGCCUUAUCCUGGAGGCCUACUGCCGUAGUGUUCCCACCCAUCUGGAGGCUUUGGAGAAGCAAGUAGAGGCCCUCAGCCAACUCAAGAGUGCAAGCAUCCAGGCACUAAAAAAGGUGAACAUCAAAAAGGAAGGCAGAGAAAAAUUGAAACUUUACCUUCAAGAAAUAUUUGGGAAGAAGAUAUAUCAAGCAAAAUUCUAUGGAUUGCAAAAUCCAUUGGAUCCUAGAUUCAAAUUCGGAAAAAUAAGAGUGGAAAAAUGCAAAAUCCUGGAUUCCAAAAUGAAGCCUCUGUGGUUGGCAUUCGAGAAUACCGACACCUACGGGAAGGACGUCUUUCUCAUCUUUAAGAAUGGAGACGAUCUUCGUCAGGACAUGUUGACACUACAGAUGAUUCGUAUCAUGGAUAGACUAUGGAAAGACGAAGGGCUGGACCUCAGGAUGAUUCCUUACCGAUGCAUGGCGACGGGCCAUCGGGUGGGACUGAUCGAGGUUGUUCCGGAUGCCGACACCAUUGCCAAUAUCCAGAAGGAGAAGGGCUUCACGGCCACCUCUGUUUUCAAGAAAGGCUCCAUCCUCUCCUGGCUCAAAGAUCAUAACCCAGAUGACAUUAGUCUGAGUAGAGCAGCGGAAGAAUUCACUCUGUCAUGUGCAGGGUAUUGCGUAGCAACCUACGUACUGGGAGUAGCCGACAGACACAGUGACAACAUCAUGGUCAAGACCAACGGACAGCUCUUCCAUGUAGACUUCGGCCACAUCCUCGGAAAAUUCAAGGAAAAAUUUGGCUUCAAAAGAGAGCGGGUGCCAUUCGUCUUGACGCAUGAUUUCGUCUACAUCAUUACGAAAGGACAAACUCAAAGAUCGCAGGAAUUUUCAAGAUUCCAGCAAUAUUGCGAACAGGCCUUUAUGAUCCUGCGGCGGCGCGGACCUCUGGUCAUCUCGCUCUUCGCCAUGAUGCUGUCCACUGGUAUUCCAGAGCUCAAUAGUGAAAAGGACCUCGAUUACUUAAGAGAAACCUUAGUACUGGACAUGUCCGAACAAGAGGCCUUAAAGCACUUCAGAGCAAAGUUUGACGAAGCCAUCAAGAACAGCUGGAAGACCAGCAUCAACUGGAUGGCUCACAAUCUGGCCAAGGAUAACAAAAUGUCUGACUGAAUAAUCAUUGAUCAAUUAUUUUCUAUUAACAAUUGAUAAAUGAUGCUCUCCAGCUAAUCCAAGGAAUAUCCAAAAUCUCAAAAUGGUUACAGAAACCUAUAGUGAAAUGAAAGAAAAUACUCUCAUGUUCUCAAGAUAUUGUCCUUGUUUGGCAAGACAGGUCUGAGAAACUCACUUUAACCAGCAAAAAUACUAACACAUUUUUUGUGCCAUCAUUCCAUGUCAUUCCAAUUUUUAAUUAUUAUUUUGUGAAUAAGACUUUCAUUACUAUUCUAUAACAUAUGUUUUAUUUAUUCCAGAUUUCCUAAUGUAUAUUAUAUAGCAUAUAUGUUCAUUCUUAAUAAGGUACUUACUUCUUUUGACAAUGUUAAGUGUAUGAUUACGAAUGUGAUACAAAAGUAUCGAGAAAUGUUAUUUUGCCCUCAAAUCUAAAACAGAGUGAUAACGGUUGGCAAAUACUGGCGUUAAACCACCUAACACAUAUGCCAAAAGUUAAAAAGGGUUUCACUUCUAGCACAUCUGUCGAUUAAAAUUUUGAAUAAUGUAUGUACUGAGCUGUCGUUGCAUUUGUUGUGAUUAAA